GAGAGAGAGAGUAACAGUGGCUUGUUGGUUUUAACAGAGGAAGGACGCAGAGCAGAGGAAGGGCCUCCGAGGCCCACUCAGUAGUCCGACUGACACACAGAGAGAGAGAGAGAGAGAGAGGAAGUGUGACAAUCAGCUUGGGAAAUGACUUUGUAAACUUUUUUCUUUUGCUGCUCUUUUCCGCUCAGAGACCCCGGGGCGUUUGAUCAAAACAGACAUGAAUGGCGAUGGCAGCGAACGGCGCUUCGUGUCAACGUUCAGGAUGCAGAUCAAGCCGCCACGUGCAUCGUCUGCACCAGGAGACGGACCGGGAGCCGUUGACCCCCGGGCCUCGGAAGGUCGCGCCGACAGAGAGUCAGACUUCACGUCUAAGACGAGGGCCACGACGAGUAUUAACUGCAACCGCUGUCUCGACUCCUCUUCUCUACGCUCAGGGUCUCCCGGCCUGUCCUCUGGCGAGCAUCUGGAGCCGCCCGUCUUCGUAGAGCCCCUGGGGGACUGCCGCGUGGACGAAGGCGGCGACAUCACACUCCGCGGGGUUCUCGCAGGCAGUCAGCCCAUCAAGGUGUCGUGGUUGCACAAUGGUGAAGUGGCCCGUUUUGGGAAGCCUUCUCUCAGUGGCGGGGGGGAGGUGACCUUCCAGGUGACGGAGUGUCUGCCGGAGGAUGCUGGUGCCUACACCUGCUUGGCAGUGAACGGUGCGGGGAAGACGUCCUGCUGCGCCGCUGUGUGCGUCAGAGACUUUGAAACCAUCUGCGGUGUGCAGACUCACGUCUCAAAGAGCCCCACUUCCGCAUCCAGGGGCAUUAUGGAAAACGGAAGGUCACCGCCGCUUCCCAAAGAUGAGCCCGCUUCCCCUAUGGAGUCUGACAAGCAGAGUCCAGUCUCAUCUCCGAGGGAAGUCAUCCCAAAGAAGAGAGCCGACUCCGGCAGAGGUGCAACAUUACAUUUUGAAAACCCCCCACAGCAGCUCAAGGUGAAGGCGGGACAGCCCGCCCGUCUGUUGUGCCUUUUCAGCGGCAGCCCUCCCGUAGUGUCCUGUUGGAUCAGAAACAAAGAGCAGAUAGCGGACGGUCCAGAGCUGUGGACAGAAAACGCAGAUGGGAGCAGCACACUUGUUAUAGCCGAGACUAAACCACAGCACACGGGUUGCUACACUAUUGUGGUGAGGGACCGCAAGAGCUCAGCGCAACACACGCUCACCCUUUCUGUGAUAGAGAGGCCACAGCCUCCCGCCUCCUCUCCCGUGAUCUCCCGUGUCUCUGCCUCCAGCCUUGUGCUGUCCUGGUCGGGCCCCUGCUACGACGGCGGCAGUGCCGUCCUGGGCUAUGUGGUCGAGGUGAAGAAAGGAGGACGUGGUGUGGCGGGCGACUGGAGCGAACUCACUGCCCAGUGUAAGAGCACUUCAUACAGAGUGUGUUCUGGGCUGCAGCCUCGAGCAGAAUACUGUUUCCGAGUGAGGGCCUACAACACAGUGGGAGCGAGUGAGCCGGGACCAGUGUCACCUGUGGUCAGGAUGGAGCAGAAAGAUUCCGCCAAACUGCGAGAAGAGGAGGCACCUCUAGCCUUCACCUGUGUCACAAUUGACUCGUCCCACAAAGUCACGGACCAAUACAUUUUGCAGGAGAAGCUGGGAAUGGGAAAGUUUGGCCUGGUGUUCAAGCUCACCCACAGAGAGACAGGACGUGUCUGUGCUGGGAAGUUCUACAAAGGCCGACGUGCCAAGGAGAGAGAGGCUGCUUGUAAAGAGAUAGAGUUGAUGAAUUAUCUCCACCACCCCAAACUGGUCCAGUGUCUGGCGGCCUACGACCACAAGCCUGAGAUGGUCAUGGUCAUGGAGUUCAUCGCAGGCGGGGAGCUGUUUGAACGUAUUGUGGACGACAGCUUUGAGCACACAGAGUCCGCCAGUGUGCACUACAUGCAGCAGAUCCUGGAGGGGAUCGCCUACAUGCACGAGCAAAGCAUUAUCCAUCUGGACCUCAAACCCGAAAACAUUGUGUGCGUUGACACCACCGGCACCUCCGUAAAGAUCAUUGACUUCGGCUUGGCCGCCCGACUUGAUGGUAACACGCCUCUGAAGGUAAUGCAUGGGACUCCAGAGUUUGUGGCGCCUGAAGUGAUCAACUAUGAGCCUGUGUGUUUAGCCACUGACAUGUGGAGCAUUGGGGUGAUCUGCUACAUAUUACUGAGUGGUGAGUCUCCAUUCCAGGGCGGCAGCGAUGCAGAGACCCUGGCCUUGGUUACAGCUGCCCAGUGGGAGUUUGACGAGGAGAGUUUUGAUGAUAUAACAGACGAGGCCAAAAACUUCAUCAGUUCCCUGCUCAACAAGGACACCAGGCGCAGGAUGUCCUGUAAAGAGGCCCUUGCCCACCCUUGGAUGGCAGCAUUUGAAGCUGGAGAUGUUCCCACCACCAAGUGUCUGUCCAAGGAGAAGAUGAAGAGGUUUCUAGCCAGGCAAAAGUGGAAGAAAGCAGGUAAGGCCAUGCUUGCCCUAAAGAGAAUGGCUUUACUUACCAAAGGUGAUAGCUCUGGAUCUCCCACCAGCCCUGGAGGAGAAUCACCCCUGAGCCCAGAAGCAGAGCAUGCCCUGCAGUCCCUGGAGAGGCAGAUGCAGGGGCCCCCACACUUCGCCCAGUGCCUGGAGGACCAGACAGUAGCUCAGGGAUCCAGGGCCUGUCUCUCAUGCCACCUCACAGGCUUCCCCGACCCAGAGGUGGUGUGGCUGCGUGGGGAGGAGCCCAUAGUGGAGUCCCCCACAGUGCAGAUAGAGUAUGAGGAAGAUGGCCGCUGUACCCUGGUCCUAGCCAAAGUUGGCGCCGAGGACACCAAUGUUUACACGUGCAGAGCCACCAACAACCAUGGGGAGACGUUCUGCUCAGCCAACCUCACCGUCAAAGAGUAGAUUCAUUACAUCUAUGUAGGCUUACCAUACAAAACAGAUGUAUAUAUAUAUAGAUAUAUAUAUCUAUAUAUAUAUAUAUAUAGAUAUAUAUAUAUAUAUAUAUAAUUAAUGCUUUGAACUCUUGCACUGAACAUUCUUGCUUUAAUUCAAAUGGGAACCAAACUAUCCAUCCAGUACUGUGGCUGGAAAUAUGUAAUAGAAGUAUUACAAAAAUGUAUGAAGAAAAGAAAACACUGUUACAGAGCUACAAACAUAUACAACGGUUAUUUCUGCAUGGGACUGUACACAUAAACAGCAUUAGAAUAUAAGUUUCAAAACUAUCACCUGGAAAUAUGAAUAAAGUGAGACGUCCCUUUUUCAGCAA